AUGGCAGGGUGUGGGGUGAGAUGGCCGCACAUUCUCGGGGUAGUGCUUGGGGGGGCAGCUCUGCUGACGGUGGGGAUCUUGCUGGGGCAUUAUGCGAUCCCCAAAGAUACGCCAGGACCAGUAGCCCCUGGCUGGGUGAACGGCCUCUCGCAAGACUUGGACCAAGCAAAGCUUGAGGACUUCAUGAGCCAGGUGGAUGCCGCCAACAUCCGAGAGAACCUCAGGAGGUUGUCUUCCAAGCCCCACAUGGCCACUACUAAGGGGGACGAAGACCUGGUUCAGCUGCUGCUGAGUCGCUGGCAGGACCCCAGAACUGGCUUGGAUAAGGCCACAGAGGUCAAGUACGACGUCUUCCUCUCUUUCCCUGACCCAGAGAAACCAAACAGCGUGGCUGUAGUGUUGGAAAAUGGCACCCACGCCUUUGUCUCUCGGAGGACAGAGGCAAAUCUCACUGCAGACCAGUCAGACCCGGACGUGGUACAGCCCUAUGCAGCUUACGCACCUCCAGGGAACCCCAAGGGUAAACUGGUCUAUGCUAAUCAGGGCAAAGUGAGUGACUACCAAGAACUAAUUCAAAAAGGUAUUAACCUCACCAACACAAUUGCCAUCACCCGGUAUGGAGGGGCUGGUCGAGCAGCUAAGGCAAUCAACGGGGCUGAAUUUGGUGUAAUUGGGGUCGUGGUGUACACAGACCCAGCAGACAUCAAUGAUGGGCUGGCCUCACCGGAGGAGACGUAUCCUAACUCCUGGUACUUGCCCCCUUCAGGAGUGGAGAGGGGCUCCUACAAUACCUAUUUUGGGGAUCUGCUGACACCUUAUUAUCCUGCCAAAGAUUUCACCUACAGGAUCCCAGAGGACCAGAUCACAGGGAUUCCUCCCGUCCCCACCCAGCCCAUUGGCUUUGAGGAUGCCAGGACGCUCAUCUGCAACCUGACUGGCCCUGUGGCAGCUGUUUCAUGGCAAGGAUCUUUGGGUUGUGUCUACCACCUUGGGCCCGGUUUCCAACAAGAUGGACCGUUCUCUAACACCAGUGAUGUCCAGGUGAAUGUCUACAACCAAAGAAGGAUCAACCAGUCUUCCAAUGUAGUGGGGCUGAUCCGAGGAAGUGUUGAGCCAGACCGAUAUGUCAUGUAUGGUAACCACCGGGACAGCUGGGUGCAUGGUGCCAUUGACCCCAGCAGUGGGACAGCUGUAAUGCUGGAGAUUACCCGGGUGUUGGGCAAGAUGGUGAAGGAAGGGAAGUGGCGCCCUCGAAGGUCCAUUAUUUUUGGCAGCUGGGGUGCCGAGGAGUUUGGUCUCAUUGGUUCUACUGAGUACACAGAGGAAUUUUACAGCAAGCUGCAGCAGCGCACAGUGGCCUAUCUCAAUGUGGACAUUGCUGUCUUUGCCAAUGCUACCCUCAGGGCCCAGGGGACUCCCCUUGCCCAAAGGGUCAUUUUUGAAGCUGCACAUCAGGUCCAGUCCCCAGCAGAUGCCUCCAUGACGGUCUAUGACAACUGGAAGCUCCAUUUCAACCGGACUAGCCCCGUCUAUGGUGUCAUACCUAGUUUAGGGUCUCUGGGUGCUGGCAGCGACUAUGCCCCCUUUGUCCACUACUUAGGCAUCACAUCCAUGGAUAUGGCCUACACCUACGACCGGAGCAAGACUUCGGCUCGCAUCUAUCCCGCAUACCAUACCGCCUUCGAUACGUUUGACUAUGCUGAAAAAUUCAUUGACCCAGGUUUCACUAGCCACCAGACUGUGGCCCGGACAGCCGGCAACGUUUUGCUGCGCCUGGCGGACACUUUAAUCCUUCCACUCGACCCAGGCAACUACGGGGAGAUGCUCCAACAGAUGCAUGAUGCUGCCAACCAGGGAGAGUUCCUGGCAGACCUGGCCAGAAAUGACAUCUCGCUAGUCCCACUCCAGGCAGCGAUUACACAUUUCCAGUCAGCAGCUGCUGCUCUUAACCAACACAUCGCCAGUCUGCAGAAACAAGAAUCUCCCAGCCCCUUCCAUGUACGGAUGGCGAAUGAUCAGUUGAUGCUGCUAGAAAGGGCAUUCUUGGACCCCAGGGCUUUCCCAGAGAAGUAUUACUACAGCCACGUCAUCAUGGCCUCCAGGUCAUCCUCUGUUGCCACCUUCCCAGGCCUCGCUGAUGCUUAUGCCAGCGCCAAGCAGAACGGGACGUGGGAGGACGUCCGCAAACACCUGACGAUUGUGGUCCAGGCAAUAGGCAACGCUGCCUCCAUCCUUGAGCCUGUGGAGGAGUAA